GGAAAUGAGGUGCUGCAGCACUGAUAUCUCCUCCCGGAGUUCCCCGAAGUGUUGACUGAUGGCCAGCUCCAGGUUUAAAACGCAGCUAGUUGGCUCAUCCACUCAGUACAGCAGUCCAGAGCAGAAGCAUAGUUGCAGCAUCUCAUCUUUCAAGCCCACAGCCCAUUUGGAAACUCGUGCCAUAUUGUACUCUCAGCUGUUUGCCGUCUCCUUCACCUGGGCGUUCCACGAGGUGCCCCCACCCAAGUACCAGCACCGUGACCCCGUGACCUCCGAGGUGCACCUGUGCGACCAGUGCCCCCCCGGAACGGCCGUCCAGCAGCACUGCUCUGCCGGCACGCCCACCGUGUGCGCACCCUGCCCGGAGCGCCACUUCUCGGAGCAGUGGCACUGGGGAGACUCCUGCCAGUACUGCACCUCCGUCUGCAAGGAGAGGCAGCUGGUGCGCCGCGAGUGCAACAGCACGCACGACCGGCUCUGCGAGUGCAUCCAGGGCUACUACCUGGUGGUGGAGUUCUGCGUCAGGCACUCGACCUGCCCGCCUGGCUACGGAGCCACCGAGCUCGGCACGCCAGUAAGUGACACACUUUGUGAGAAAUGUCCGGAGGGCUACUUCUCCAGUGCGGAGUCUGCAACAGAAAAGUGCGUCACCCACAGGAAGUGCAGCGAGCUGGGCCUGCGCACACUCCAUCCCGGGACGGCCACUCAGGAUGCAGCGUGCGAAGGCGAAGCCACGUGUUCUACCCAGCACCUGCAGUGCCACACAGAUGUUACCCUCUGUGAGGAGGCGAUUUUCCAGUUCCUGGUCUCUCAGAGGAUGUCUGCAGCACAGAUGGACCGGCUGAUGGAGAACCUGCCAGGCAGGAAGGUGGACCGUAAGAACGUAGAGCGUGUGAAGAAGGCCUGCAGCCCCCAGCAACAAAUCCUGCAGCUGCUUAGGCUGUGGAGGGAGCAGAACAAAGACCAGGAUAAGCUUUCCAGCAUUAUUCGAGGUGUGGAUCACUGUGAGAGGAAAGUGUCCAAGUGCACCAGCCUGAAGAAUCUGACCCUCAGUGACCUGGUUGCUAUGACAGAGAGCCUGCCAGGGGUGAAGGUGAGGGAGGAGGAUGUCCAGGAGGUGGUGAAAUCCUGCCAAUCACAGCAGUACAUCCUGCAGCUCCUGCGGAUUUGGAAGGCCCGGAACAGCGAGCAGGACAUCGCCAAAGGCCUGGCCCUCAGCUUGCGAAGGCUGCGUACCCGUGAUGUUUCACGAGAGCUCCUCAGGAGCAUCCGCCGGAUUGGCCGGAUCUUCAGCUCUGCCUCCAUACACAAGAUGCACGAGAAAAUGUUCCUCCACAUGAUUCAGGACAGCAAGUGUUUUAAAUCAAAAUCCUACAAUGACUAGCCCCCCGCCUCUGUACCAUCUACCCUAACCCCCAACCUUACCCCACCUCACCCCAUCUUCAAGGGAAAUUCGACCUAAACGUAAAACUAUUUAAAUUUAAAAAAGUUGUACAUAAUCCGCAAUCUCAGAGAAACCUGAACUGUUUGAAUUUUUGGAAGAGCAUGUUCAGUUCUGUCACUGGUUAGAUGUAAUAGAUGGAGUUUGAUUUCACACUGAAACAUUACUCCAUCCAUUCAAGUUGGACUGCUGAAAAAAAAACCCCAAAAAAAAAACGAAGCUCCCUUUAGCUGAAUGUACACAGGAGUGCAAUCUUUUUAUAUUUUAUAGUAAUGUUUCUUAUGAAAAUUAUGCUUGGAUUUGGACUCUUAAAAGUCAGGUUCUUAUUAUGAGUGUUGUGUAAAUUGUGUGUUUUGUAUUACAUUAAUUUUCUUUGGCUUUUAUUUUUUCAAUAAAUAUU